GUGGUUCUCGAAAAGAUGCAACCUCAUGCCCACUCCUUUCAAUGAUGAGUCUUGCCCUGUAACAUGCAUAUCCGCCAAUGGCCAGCUAUUCUCAGCCUCCCGGUCUGGCUGCAACUAGCUUGCGUCAAUGCCGCAUUCGGCGGUGGCGGUGAUCACCCAUAUGACAGCGAUGUCCUGAAGCAGCAGGAAUCUCUCUUCGGACUCUGUCCGGACUACACCAGCUAUGCCCGUCACAUACACAAACCUCUCAGCGGUGGACCGCUACAACUACCCUUUCAAAGACCACACCCGAGCUGCCGCAAGUUCUCUUCGCCCGCCGUGGAAGAAACAAUAAAUGACCUCUAUCCUCGAUUCAAAGAUGCAGAUCUCGCGCAGAUAUUUCAAAACGCGUUUCCAAACACCCUCGACACAACGGUGCUAUGGCACGUAGAUGGAGAAAAGAGACAUGCCCCGCCGUCACGAUUACUGCGGGACAAAGACAGAUGGCAGGGCGCACACUCAUUCAUCGUGACGGGCGAUAUCAACGCAGAAUGGCUGCGGGACUCUACGAACCAAUUGGCACAGUAUCAGCUUCUCGCCAAAUCGGCUUCAGACAUCUCGAACCUCAUCCUUGGAGCAAUCAACACCCAGGCCGAAUUUGUGAUCUCUUCACCUUAUUGCAACGCAUUCCAACCUCCGGACCCAUCUCGUCUGGCUCCGGUGCACUCGGGUCAAGAUGACAUCGUCCACCCAGCCUACGAACCCACAGUUGUGUUCGAAUGUAAAUACGAACUCGACAGUCUCGCAGCGUUUCUGAAGCUGACAAAUGAAUACCACACGUCCACUGGCUCCACGGCCUUUUUGACAACUCGAUGGUUUAGAGCGCUUGAUGCCCUUUUGCAGGUCCUGGACGCGCAGGCCCAACCGACUUUCAAUCCCAUAACCGGGUGGUACGAACGAAAUGAAUACACAUUUAACCGAUUCACGCGCAUUGGGACCGAGACUCUCAACUUAGAAGGAACAGGAAACCCCUUGGCCGAUGGAACGGGCUUGAUUCGCUCUGCCUUCAGGCCCUCCGACGAUGCCACGAUCUUUGGCUUCCUCAUCCCGGCCAACGCGAUGAUGUCCGUCGAACUGUCUCGGGCGGCGAAAAUGCUGAAAUCCGCCAGUGCUGCAUCUACACGAGAACCACAAGCGACGCACAUGCUCCAAGUCGCGGACGACCUCGCACAGCGCGCAGAGACCAUUAAGGAUGGCAUCUACAAGCACGCAGUCGUCACCCACCCCGAAUUUGGACGAGUCUUCGCCUAUGAGGUCGACGGCUACGGCUCGCACAUCCUCAUGGACGACGCCAACAUCCCUUCCCUCCUAUCCCUCCCUCUCCUGGGCUUUGUCGACGCCGAGGACGAAAUCUACCAAAACACCCGACGCAUGAUCCUCACCCAGCGCGGGAACCCGUACUUCCUGUCGGGCUCUAAAUUCCAGGGAAUAGGCGGUCCGCACAUCGGCCUGCGCAACGCGUGGCCCAUGUCCGUCAUUGUGCAGGCCAUGACGUCGACUUCCGACGCUGAGAUCCUCGAAUGUCUCGACAGAGUCAAGAACGUGAGCGUCUUCGGCUUGAUCAAUGAGUCCGUCGACGUGCACCGGGGCGUCAAGCGUGGAGGCGGAGGCGAAGGCAUGACGCGCAGCUGGUUCGCCUGGGCCAACAGCGUCUUCGCCCAGGCCGUCCUGUGGCUCGCGGAGCACAAGCCAGGCCUCGUCCUGAAGGACAACGACGAUGGAAGCCCGCCCAAGGGGUAUCGUGUCGGCGUCGGCUGGGUGGAAUACUCUGUAUGAUUACGGAUGGUUUUUGACGAAGACUGAACGGAAUAAAAGCGAUUGAGAUGUGACAGCAUCCACCCUCAUCCGAGCAAGUGUGCCCUAUGCAGUUAUGAAGCGACGAUAAAUCAAUCAGUUCUAGAGACAGCAGCAGUCUUGUACAGUCUAGUCCACUGUGCUCUGCGUUCACUCGAUACUGUCCCCACUAAACGGUCCUUCAUUCGUGCUUUUGUGUAAGCACAGCGUAUAUAGCCUUCGACUUCCUGAGGAUGGAAAGGACAAGUAGUGGUUGAAUAUCCAGGGGCACUCGAGCACGUCUGAUCUUGUCUGCUGUACGGAGUACACCUAGGUAUAUUCUAUGCCGUCGAGAUUCGUAUGGAGCGCGUGGUACAGGUCGGACUCGCCUCAUCACAGCGCACGCAAUAUCCCAUGUUUGGUAUGCAGUAUCAUGUUAUGGUGUAUGAAGGAAAUAGGUUGGUGUGUGCGCUAUACAACCAUGUGGCCUGGGUCUUCUUCCCCAGCAGCC